AUGAGAAGCAAAUCCAUCUUAGCUGGUGCCGUUAAUGUUCCAAUUGAACCAACAUCAAAUGUUGACUCACGAACGACAAACAAUAUUGUCAUAAAGAAUUAUAGUUCAGAGUGUUUGAAAGAAAAAGAACCAGAUCUUAAGUCGGUGAAUUUAAACACAGCUUCAAACGCUAACGCUACAUCAGAUGUUAAGUUAGAGUAUCCACCACUGGACCAAGUUCUUUCAAGAGAAGCCAACGACAACCCUUACACAAAUGUUCAAACAAAUCCUUCAGAUAACGUAGACCAUUACCUUCUUCAGUUAUACCAAACUAUCUUACUCAAAGACGAUAAGAAGCUUUUGACAAAUCUUAUAAGCAAGAACCAAAUAAUUCUAACAAAGGAGGACCUUGAAAAUGUUAUAUCACGAAUAACAGGGAAACAAUGUGUCAUUGACUAUCUCGACCCUGAAAUCGAAUGCUGUGGUCAAACGCCAAUAUUUAUGAAAAUAGGUAACAUCCGCAUCAUUGAAACACCAGGAACUACAGGAGUUGAGUUUAAGUAUAGAUAUUCGAACGAGUAUACAAAACUAUCUACUGACUAUAAGCAGUCAGGACCUUCGGUCUUGGCGCUUUGCGCCGUCAGUCAAAAAAAUUUCAAGUUAGCAAUUUGUAAUAUCUAUCCAAAACUUCUUCAACAGUAUCGAACUCAUCUUCAUAAUGCAAACCUAAUCUUAUUGACUUGGUGCAGUUUUCACUAA